AAACGAACUUAUAUGUCAACAGAAACACUUUUAGUGUUACUGUGGCAGGUGUCCUCCUGCAGUUGUGUGAACGUUACAAGUCUGGAUCGGGUGUCAUUCAAUUAGUAUUGGUUGCUGGGAAAAUCAUCUACAAAAAGACCAGAACACAUCACAUCUUCAAUCUUCGAAAAAGACAAUUCUGUUUUCUUCAAAAAGUGGUACUUUCAUUCGUUGCAGAUGAUGUCCGAUGACGGUACAGAAGAAUUGAAGCAAGUUUCUUCGUCCCUCCUAUAAUUACCAUGUUCAGAUUGAUGAAAGGACGUCUUAAUACCUGUUCAUUGCGGUGUGGUCUUCCGUGGCAUAAUUUUGGAACGUACCUUGUUCGGGCCUCCGAUAAAAGGCCCAUGUUUGACUAUCAUCGCCACUAAUGGCCACGGCCGGUUUCUUCGCAGCCCUACAGCGGCGCUACUUCUGGUAUUCGUACUGCAUUCGCAAACCAAAGGGCGCUGGCUGUAGUUGGAUAGUAUUAGGUUGGGCUAUACUAAUUAUCUUCUUCGGAUUAACUACGGGUAUUGUUGGACAAAAACGGUUUCGGCAGGAUACGAAAUUGGAGAAUGAUCACGAGGUAGAAGAAAAAAUUUGCAAACGCAGCGUGGAUAUUCGCAACACAAUCGGACAAUUUGAUGUGCUUCGAGGUUGUUCCGUUGUGGAAGGAUUUGUCCAAAUUUUACUAUUUGACAACGUAAACGAGUCGCUCUUUUCGAAUAUAACUUUUCCAGAAUUGAGGGAGAUUACAGACUACUUGAUGUUGUAUCGGGUGAAUGGACUGCGAAGUAUAGGACACUUGUUUCCAAAUCUGGCGGUGAUCAGGGGGCAGAAAACAUUUUUUGGAUAUUCGUUCGUAGUGUUUGAAAUGUCCAGUUUACAAGAGAUUGGUUUAUAUUCGUUGACCGACAUCACUCAUGGACUUAUUCGUAUAGAUAAAAAUCCAUCCCUGUGUUUUGUAAAUUCUAUUGACUGGGAACUUAUCGCGUACGAGAAAGGCGAUCACUUUAUUGCAAGUAUUAAACCAGACAAUGAAUGUCCUAUUUGUCCUGGUGACGAUAAAGAUGAAGAAGGAAGUCAUUUAAAUAUAAGUGCUUGCCCUCGUGUUGUGCGCAAGUUAGGUGUUACGGAAGGAAGGCAUUUGUGCUGGAAUAGACAGCAUUGUCAAAAAGUGUGUCCGAGCCAUUGUCACUCAUGUAAUGAUAAAGGGGAGUGUUGUGAUUCUAAAUGUUUAGGUGGAUGCAGUAAUGGUGCUUGCGAUGUAUGUCGUAAUUUUACAGUGGAAGUUGGUCGCAGGCGGCAAUGUAGGGAUCAAUGUCCAUCCAAUCUGUAUGAGUUUCUUGGAAGGAGGUGUAUUAAAGAAGAGGAGUGCAAAUCUCUAAAACGACCGAUGGAUCUGCAUGGGAGAAUUCAAUAUCAGUAUCCUUACAAAAUUUAUCGAAGUGCGUGCGUGCUUAACUGUCCAACAAAUUACAUGGAUGACCACGAUAACCACAGAUGUGUACCAUGUGAAGGUAGAUGCAAGAAAGAAUGUCCCAGUACAAAUGUAGAUAGUCUCGCAUCUGCUCAACAACUCAGGGGUUGUACACAUAUUAAGGGUUCCCUCGAAAUUCAAAUACGUGGCGGGAGACAUAUAGUUAAUGAAUUAGAAGAAAAUUUAAACAUGAUUGAAGAAAUUGACGGAUAUCUCAAGAUUGUUCGCUCAUUUCCACUUGUCUCCUUAAACUUCCUCAAAAGUUUAAAAGUUAUUCAUGGCAACAAUUUAGACAGUCAAAAAUACGUGUUUGUGGUGCUUGAUAAUCAAAAUCUCCAAGACUUGUGGAGCUGGGAAAAUCGUACGCUAAAAAUUGGAAAUGGAAAGUUAUUUUUCCACUUUAACCCCAAACUGUGUUACUCAAAGAUUGAAACCUUAAGACUAAAGGCCAACUUAGCUGAAUUUAGCGAACUAGAAGUGGCUCCCAAUUCUAACGGAGACAAAAUAGCUUGUAAUGUAGCCAAUAUGUCAGUGAGCAUAACAAUAAUUAAUAGCAGAGCUGUUAUUUUGGAAUGGUUGCCCUUUCAUAUGGACGAUCACCGGAAACUAUUGGGUUACGUGGUAUACAGUAUUGAAGCGCCAUACAAAAAUAUUACUUUGUACGAUGGAAGGGAUGCGUGCGGAGGGGAUGGAUGGCGCGUUGAUGACGUCGGUAAUCAGGAAGACAAUAAUUCCCCUUUACAUCAUCUGUUGGCACAAUUGAAGCCAUAUACACAAUAUGCAUUUUAUGUUAAGACCUACACAAUUGCAACAGAGAGAAAUGGAGCACAAAGUACUAUUUAUUAUUUUCGGACACACCCAGAUGUGCCUUCCAAACCCUUAAAUUUGCAAAUCAAUACAAAUAGUAGUAGUUCCUUGUAUAUAACAUGGCAACCGCCCUUGAAUCCACACGGAAAUGUAACAUAUUACCUAGUUAGUGGACAGCAACAUAGGGAUAUGAACAACGAAGAAUUGCUCAAUAAUCGAAAUUAUUGUCACGAUCCGCCAACCCCUUCGAAACAAACUCUGUUGUUACCACCCUUAACGAUAACGACACCAAAGUCUAACAAAAAUGACACUUGCCAAUGUGACGAAGAUAUGAAACCGGGCGGACCGAAAAUUAAAGAGGAAAAGGAUAUCAUAUCGCAAAUUAAUUUCGAAAACGAGCUUCACAAUCAAGUGUAUAUUAAAAAGGAUGUCUCUUCGUCUGAGAGAAGAAAGCGUGAAAUUAUCGGUUAUGAAGAUCAAAAUUUAAAUUUUCCAACCAACAUCGAUGAGCCGAUAACCUCUGUGAAUAAUUCAAUUCAAAAUGUGACGGAGAAUGGUACAGAUAUUUGGGUAUCGUUUAACUUUCCCGUCUAUGGCACAACAGAAUUAUAUUUAACUAAGCUACACCAUUUCACCGUUUAUAACAUCCAUGUGCAGGCCUGUCGGGAGAAGGAAGGUCCGUCCGAUAAAAAGGAGAGCUGUAGUGAUAUUUCUAUUGUUACGGCUCGUACUCAGAAGAAAGCUGGUGCAGACAAUGUGACAAAUGUCCGUGUGACCAAUCAAAGUUUAAAUAUGGUGACACUGGCGUGGAAGGAACCGGUUAAUCCCAACGGCCUAAUUUUGACGUAUCAAAUUGAAUACAAAAGAAUGGACGUCGAAAAUCUAAAACCUACCUUGGAGUGUAUUACGAGGAAACAAUUUUUAAACCAAAAAAUGAUGUAUACCCUAAAUAAGCUAAGUCCAGGAAACUACAGCUUGCGAUUGGUGGCUAUAUCGCAAGCGGGAAGCGGGGAUUAUUCAUCGUAUAUCAAUUUUCUCAUUGAGGAAACUAGUAAUAUAACUUCAGUACAAAUAUUUCUAUAUGUUUUUGCGGCAGUCGCAGUGGCGUUGGUGAUGGGAUUUUUGGGGUUGUAUAUAUUUAGAAGAAUAUUCGGACCUCCAGUUCCAAGUAUUAAAUUAAUUGCGUCAGUUAAUCCCGAAUAUGUUAGCACCGUGUAUAUACCCGACGAUUGGGAGGUCUCCAGGAAGAAGAUCGAAUUGAUCAAAGAGCUUGGACAGGGGAGCUUUGGAAUGGUCUAUGAGGGCCUGGCGCGCGACAUCAGUGGUAUCCCCGAGAUGAAGUGCGCUGUCAAAACUGUUAAUGAACAUGCCACUAAUAGGGAGAGAAUAGAGUUCUUGAACGAAGCUUCCGUCAUGAAGGCAUUCGACACUGCUCAUGUAGUAAGACUCCUCGGUGUCGUAUCACAAGGUCAACCUACCUUAGUUAUAAUGGAACUGAUGGCGAAUGGAGAUUUGAAAUCGUAUCUUCGAUCGCACAGGCCGGAUGCGGAUACCUACACGGGCAGACAGCCGCCUUCGUUAAAGCGUAUAUUACAGAUGGCGAUAGAGAUCGCCGACGGUAUGGCGUAUUUGGCAGCUAAGAAAUUUGUCCAUCGAGAUUUGGCGGCUCGUAACUGUAUGGUGGCCGAAGAUCUUACGGUGAAAAUUGGUGAUUUUGGGAUGACACGUGAUAUAUAUGAGACUGAUUAUUAUCGUAAGGGAACCAAAGGACUAUUGCCAGUACGGUGGAUGGCACCGGAGAGUUUAAAAGAUGGCGUCUUCACUAGUAGCAGUGAUGUAUGGAGUUACGGAGUUGUCCUUUGGGAAAUGGCUACGUUGGCAUCUCAACCCUACCAAGGUUUGUCGAACGAUCAAGUGCUGCGCUACGUUAUCGAUGGCGGCGUGAUGGAAUGCCCCGAGAACUGUCCUGACAAGUUGUAUAGCCUAAUGAGAUAUUGUUGGCAACACAAACCAGUGGCGAGGCCAACAUUUCUUGAGAUGGCCGGACAGCUAGUGGAUGACGCUUCUCCAACUUUCACACAGAUUUCAUUCUAUCACAGUGCCGCUGGUAUUGAAGCUCGAAAUUCAUAUACCGCUUCAAUGAUGUCUCAGGAUGAUCCGGCCACACCUUUAAAAAUGGUAAGAGACUUAGAUGAAGAUUUUUCGCUUGGCAGCUCCGAAGGGGAGUCUGAAUUGGAAAUUGGUACAGACACGCGCAUCGAUUUUCCCGCAUUUCCUACUUCAAAAGAUGGUUCUAUAGCUGCGAAUGGUUACGUAAGCGGGCAUCCUACAAAUGGUACAGCUACGACAACGCAAUGCUAAUCACAUAUCACGUCCUAUUACAGUAUUUUUGCCACAGAUCUGACGAUCUCAGCGACAGACAUUGCUACCACUUGUUUAGUUGUAAUUAAUAAUAGUGUUUAAUUUACCAAAGAUAGUGAUAUUGAUUGUGGUUGCUGACAGGGCCUUUCACCCCACCCAAGAAAUAGUGUUCAUUAGCCAUUUAAGAACAAUAAACAAUAGUGCCGGUUUACUGACUUGACUUGUUUUCUCAACAAGCAGCUUUCUUGAUAAAAACGAAAUUCUAUAUUACCCGCGAUAUUCUAGUUAAUAAAAGUAUUUGUACGAUUUGUUGAUAUGUGAUGUUUUGAAAAUAGUACGAUGUGAAACCAUUUGCC